UCGGCAACGCGCUUUCUCGUUCGAAGUCCACCCUCUCUUCGAACCCAAUUUUCUCUGCUCAAUUUUUCUCUCGGAAAAAUUGAGCAGGUCAAUCACUUUUAAUCUCCUUCGCGCGGAGUGUGUGGACCAGAAAAUUGGGCGAAGAUGGGCUGUUGCAGCAGUAAGAACGCCGAUUCGAAGGCCACUCGCGUCAACCGCUGGCGCUCGACCGGCAUUGUCGCCUUGCGCGACUCCAAAUUGAAGACAUUUCCUGAUGAUAUUCUUGACCUGGAUGGAUCUGUACGCACUCUUGACUUGACGCAUAAUAGAUUAGUUGAAAUUCCUAUGGACAUCAGCAAAUUGAUUAAUUUGCAGCGGCUGGUUUUGGCUGAUAACCUCAUAGAGCGCCUCCCUAUAAACCUGGGGAAGCUUCAAUAUUUAAAAGUUAUGACGCUUGACGUGAAUCAAAUUAGUACCUUGCCUGAUGAAUUGGGUCAGCUGGUGAGACUUGAGCAGUUUUCCAUAUCAGGAAAUUCAUUAACACAUUUGCCUGAGACUAUAGGGAGCUUGCGCAAUUUGGUGCUUUUAAAUGUGUCAAAAAACAAGUUAAAGUUUUUUCCAGAAUCAAUUGGGAGUUGCUUCUCUCUGGAAGAACUGCAAGCUAAUGAAAAUUCUCUGGAGGAACUUCCAUCAUCAGUCUGCAGUCUUGUUAACCUGAAGUCACUUUGCUUAAAUAGUAAUAAUCUGAAGCAGAUACCUUCGGACUUGUUGACAGACUGCAAAGCUCUACAGAAUAUUUCUCUUCACAACAAUCCCAUUUCUAUGGAGCAAUUUCAACAGAUGCGGGGCUUCCAAGAGUUUGAAAGCCGGAGGAGAAAGAAGUUUGACAAGCAAAUCGAUGCAAAUGUGAUGAUCAGUUCUAAAGGCCUUGACGAGGGUGUCGAUCUAUGAGAGUCUGGCACACUGCAUUCUUGUGGCAGGAGGACGAGAACAGCUUAACCAUUUCGGGCCUCUUUGCACCUUGGAUCUGGAGUUGCUACUUUGACCAAUAACUCUUCUGCUGCAUUAUUGAUCUGUAAAUGAUGAACGAUGCUGCCACAGUUGCUUUCGCUGUAACCUGCAGGAUCGUACAUGAUUACACGAAACACCUCUUCUUGAAACCCGUGAAUAGGUUCCCAUUGUACAACCUAAUAAACUUCCAACCUAUCCUUAUUCAAGAUGCAGAAUAAGAAGAACUGAAGUUGCAUGUAAAUGUAACUCUGGAUGCGGGGAGCUUUUACACUCAUAUAUAUCCCUACUUCAAUUUCAUCGGUUGUUUUAUGGCAA